AUGUACGGAGGAAAUCCAGAAAAAAAGUUAACAGAGAAGGAUAUGCAAUUAACUUGUUAAAAUAUAAGAGAAGAAUUCUAAAAAGAAAUUGAUAUUGAACAUUAAAGAAUAAAUGUUGAUUCAGCAAAAAAGAAGGCAGUUAUUUAUCAUCAUGAUUAUGAAGGAUUUAGAUAAAUGGUAUUAGGAGCAAAUCUCUAUACAAUUAAAUCGAAAGAAUUAGCAAAUUUUGGAUUAAGUUAAUCAAAUAAUGAAAAAAUUUUCAAUUCAUCUUUUCAAAAAUAUUAAUAACCUACUUAAGAAGAUAUAAUUCAAUUACAAUUAAACAUCAAAGAAAUUUAAUGCAAAAAUUUUAGAGAUUUUAGAACUUUAUUCUCUAAACAUUAUACAAAACCAUUAACAUAAGAAAAUUAUGCUGAAAUAAUGAAGUAAUAUAUAUAAUAUAUAAAUAAUUAGUAUUUUAUAAAUGUAAAGCCAAGAUAAUAUCAAGAAAAUAUUUUCUAUUGAUUUUCAUAUUGAAUAUUUUUUUAAAAUAUUAGAAGUUUUUGAUUAUUCAAUUUCUACUUUAAAGGAUGGAAAAGAAUUGAGUUUUAUUGUUGGAUUUUUAGAUGAAUUAGUAAAAAUAAAGGAUUUUAUGCAAUAAAUAAAAAAGUUUUUAAAAAAGAGUGAAAAAGAAGAAUUAAAAGAAUUCUUUGGAAGACUAAAAUAAAGUUUAUAAAUAGAAUAUGAAUAAAUCUAACUAAAUUAGUUGAUCCAUACAAAAUAUGA